GUGGUCCUUAUUUAUAUAGGUCAAAUAUUUAUGUUUGAAAAUUGAACACGGUACCCCCUUAAUUUGUUAAGUUAUAUGAGUAAGUCAUUUGGGUAAAAUUUGGAAGAUCUCACUCAACCCCUUCUGGUGCCGCAUUAGGGUUGAAAUAUGGAAAAAGGGGUAGUUUUUUGUUUUUUUUAUUUAAUUCAGAAGGUUUAGUAUUUAACGAAAAUAUGUAAAGAGCUAAAUGAUAGAUUUUAACAUUGUCUAUAAAAAAGCAUAUAACGUAAAUUCUCGUAAGUCCAUUGGUUUUUAUGAAAAACUAUAUAAUAAAAAUGUUCGAUGUAUUGUAAUUUGUAAUAUACAUUUUUCUCGUUUAUUUAAAAGCAUAUAAUAACUGCAUGUGUAGAAGCCCUGUCAUUAGAUCCCAGUAUUUAUGUUAUAAACCGAACAUCAAUUAAAAGGUCUCGUGAAGACUAUCGACAAAAAAUAUCGGAAAAUAUUAAUUCCGAAUUUCACGAAAAAAAAUUAAAUUAUGUAGUGAUCCAUUGGGAUUCAAAAAUACUUCCAGCCCUUACCGGAAAGAAUAAUGUUGAUCGUUUGCCAAUUAUUGCAACAGCCAUGAAUGUUGAACAACUUCUUGAAGUCCCGCAAAUGCCUUCUGGGACAGGAUAUGAAAUAUCUUCAGCUGUGUAUGAUACUUUACAAAAAUGGUCAUUACUAGAUAAAGUCCAAGCAUUCGUAUUUGAUACUACAGCUUCUAACACAGGGAGGUUGAAUGGGGCAUGCAUACUAUUAGAACAAAGUUUAGAAAGAGAAAUUUUAUUUUUGGCGUGCCAACAUCACAUUUUUGAACUUGUUUUACAAGGUGUAUUUUUAGAAGUUAAGUUGUUUCCCAUGACAGGACCAGAUAUAUUACUUUUUAAAAGAUUUCAACACGCGUGGGAAAAUAUUGAUAAAAGCACAUUUUCCACAUCGGUUUCUGAUUUCUAUAUUCAUAAUAUUUUAAAAAAUGACUCUGACGAAAUUAUUUUAUAUGCGAAAAAAAAAAUUACUGAAAAUCUUCCUCGAGAUGAUUACCAAGAGUUUUUAGAACUCGUUAUCAUAUUUUUAGGCGGUGUUCCACCUCGAGGAAUUGCUUUUAGGCAGCCUGGUCAAUACCAUUUAGCCAGAUGGAUGGCUAAGGCCAUAUAUUCUUUAAAGCUAUACAUAUUUAAAGAUCAAUUUAAAUUAAACAGCAAAGAAGAAAAGGCGUUAAAAGAUAUUUGUUGUUUUAUAGUUAAAUGUUACGUUCAGGCUUGGUUUUCGUCACCCAAUGCAAUUGAAGCUCCACUUAAUGACAUAUUAUUUUUAAAAAAAUUAGAAGAAUAUAAAUUGUACAAUAAAAGAAUUUCAGACGUAGCAUUAAAGAAAAUAAUAAAUCAUUUGUGGUAUUUAAAUCCAGAGUGUAUUGCAUUUUCGAUAUUUGACGAUCGUGUAGAUAACAGUACGAAACUCAAAAUGGCUGAGAAAAUAUUGAGUACUUACGAUUCAAGCAUAAACGAUGACGAGGAAGAAAUCGAGUUGAAAAAAAAAAUAGCACUGAAAUUGGAAGAUGUUUCACAGUUUAUUCAAAAAGAUCUUUUAAUUGAUUUAAUAAACUCUAAAUCGAUUGGAAUGUUCAAGAGAUUUCAAAUUUCCACACAGUUUUUAACUAUUGACCCGGCCAAUUGGAAUAAUCACGAGGACUACAAAAUAGGAAAACAAAUUAUAAACUCACUAAAAGUCGUGAAUGACACAGCUGAGAGGGGAGUCAAGCUCGUUGAAGAAUAUAACAAGAAAUUCACAAAAAACGAAGGACAAAAACAACUUGUUUUACAAACUGUUCAAGACUACCGGAAAAAAUACCCGCAAAGUGACAGACAAACGCUGAAGAAACCAUUUUAGUUGUCAUUAACUAAUUAUACUUACCAAAAAUUUGAUGAAAAAAAUUCAUAUUGGUAUUUCUAUUUUUAUGUUGUAAAAAUUACACGAAAAUCAAGUAAAUAAAACCAAAACAUUACAGAAUCUUAAGACUUUUUUAGCCGUAAUUUUUUUUUUAUAUUAUUUAAUUCUGUAUAAUUGUUACUCAACAUAUUUUGUCAUAUUAUAUCCAACCGUACGUUGUACAUAUUUGUACAUAUUUAAAAAACCAAAAAAAUCCAAUUUCGUUAAAUAUAUACAAUAUUUUGUAAACUAAUAAGUUUUCUUAAAAACCAAUGGACAUACGAGAAUUUACGUAAUAUGCUUUUUUACAGCCAAUGUUAAAAUCUAUCAUUUAGCUCUUUACAUAUUUUCGUUAACUAGUAUACUUUCUGAAUUAAAUAAAAAAAAACAAAAAACUACCCUCUUUUUCCAUAUUUCAACCCUAAUGCGGCACCAGAAGGGGUUGAGUGAGAUCUUCCAAAUUUUACCCAAAUGACUUACUCAUAUAACUUAACAAAUUAGGGGGGUACUGUAUUAAAAAAAUCACAUUGAAAAAAUAAGGACC